AUGAACGCCCACCCCAAGGAGACGGUGCCUCUCAUGGGCAAGAGAGUUGCCGCCCCCAGUGGGAACCCUGCCGUCCUGCCAGAGAAGAGGGCGGCGGAGAUCACCCCCACAAAGAAGAGUGCCCACUUCUUCCUGGAGAUAGAAGGGUUUGAGCCCAACCCCGCGGUUGCCAAGACCUCUCCCCCUGUCUUCUCCAAGCCCAUGGAUUCCAACAUCCGGCAGUGCAUCUCUGGCAACUGUGAUGACAUGGACUCCCCCCAGUCUCCUCAGGAUGAUGUGACAGAGACCCCAUCCAAUCCCAACAGCCCCGGUGCACACCUGGCCAAGGAAGAGCAGAGGAGGAAAAAGAGGCGGCUGAAGAAGCGCAUCUUUGCAGCCGUGUCUGAGGGCUGCGUGGAGGAGCUGGUGGAGCUGCUGGUGGAGCUGCAGGAGCUUUGCAGGCGGCGCCGUGACGAGGAUGUGCCUGACUUCCUCAUGCACAAGCUGACGGCCUCCGACACGGGGAAGACCUGCCUGAUGAAGGCCUUGUUAAACAUCAACCCCAACACCAGGGAGAUCGUGCGGCUGCUGCUUGCCUUUGCCGAAGAGAACGACAUCCUGGGCAGGUUCAUCAAUGCCGAGUACACGGAGGAGGCCUACGAAGGGCAGACGGCGCUGAACAUCGCCAUCGAGCGGCGCCAGGGGGACAUCGCGGCCGUGCUCAUCGCCGCCGGCGCCGACGUCAACGCCCACGCCAAGGGGGCCUUCUUCAACCCCAAGUACCAACACGAAGGCUUCUACUUCGGUGGGUGCCGCCCCCGCCUGGCGCGGAGUCUGGGAGGAGGGAGGAGGGAGAGGAAGGUCAUGCAGGGGCUCAGCUCCCCGGUGAGGGUCAUGCAGGGGCUCAGCUCCCUGGUGAGGGUCAUGCAGAGGCUCAGCUCCCCCGGCAUUGCCAUCUUCCUGCUGAGACCCUCGGAUCUGCAGUCCAUCCUCUCGGAUGCCUGGUUUCACUUUGUCUUUUUUAUCCAAGCUGUGCUUGUGAUACUGUCUGUCUUCUUGUACUUGUUUGCCUACAAAGAGUACCUCGCCUGCCUCGUGCUGGCCAUGGCCCUGGGCUGGGCGAACAUGCUCUACUACACGAGGGGGUUCCAGUCCAUGGGCAUGUACAGCGUCAUGAUCCAGAAGGUCAUUUUGCAUGAUGUUUUGAAGUUCUUAUUCGUAUAUAUCGUUUUUUUGCUUGGAUUUGGAGUAGCACUGGCCUCACUGAUCGAGAAGUGUCCCAAAGACAAUAAGGACUGCAGCUCCUACGGCAGCUUCAGCGACGCGGUGCUGGAACUCUUCAAGCUCACCAUCGGCCUGGGUGACCUGAACAUCCAGCAGAACUCCAAGUAUCCCAUUCUCUUUCUGUUCCUGCUCAUUACCUACGUCAUCCUCACCUUCGUUCUGCUCCUCAACAUGCUCAUUGCCCUGAUGGGCGAGACUGUGGAGAAUGUCUCCAAGGAGAGCGAGCGUAUCUGGCGCCUGCAGAGAGCCAGGACCAUCUUGGAGUUUGAGAAAAUGUUACCAGAAUGGCUGAGGAGCAGAUUCCGGAUGGGAGAGCUGUGCAGAGUGGCCGAGGAAGAUUUCCGACUGUGUUUGCGGAUCAAUGAGGUGAAGUGGACUGAAUGGAAGACGCACGUCUCCUUCCUUAAUGAAGACCCGGGGCCUGUAAGACGAACAGAUUUCAACAAAAUCCAAGAUUCUUCCAGGAACAACAGCAAAACCACUCUCAAUGCAUUUGAAGAAAUAGAGGAUUUCCCGGAAACGUCGGUGUAGAAGCGGAACCGGAGCUGGUGUGCGCGUGCGCUGUCUGGCGCUGCAGGCGGAGUCACGGCCUCUGCGGAGAGGCUUUGAGGGAUGCUGGAGUUCGGCUCUGCUGGUCUCGAAGCAGAGUGCACCCUCAUGCUCAGUGCUCAGUGGGUGUCUGAACUGAGGGGCAGUUGUCAGAGUGGGAAACAUCCUGGAUUUUGUUACUUGGCAAAGAGUUGGUGUAAACCUGCAGCCAGCAGCAGUCUGGAGCCUGGGAGCCUCCUGAAGUCCUGGGUGAAGCCUCUGGUUUUACCAAUUGCAGGUCGGCUUGGCUGGGAGAGAUGGGCGGCGGGGAAGGGGCAGGAGCCUUGAGGAGCAGGGAGAGGCGUCUUUCCUCCUGCCAGCUUCCCCCUGUCAGCUCCAACCCCAGCCCACACAUUGUACCGUCUCUCCUGCUGUGACUGGGUUGCCUGAAUUUGGGGAGACCCUUGAUCCCAUCCCAGAGUGUGCGGGGGACGGAGGUAAGCGGGAUAUCCUGGGGGAGGAAGGGGGUGAGCUCUGGAAACAUCCUUCCGGACCCCUUCAGGGAAAAGGAGACCAUCCUUGGAGUGAACCUCCCUUGACGCCCCAAGGUUCACACUGUCUCAAGCUGAGAGGUUUUUAGUAGCAUAAGUAACACAGGGUUUUAAUUUUCAAUAUGGAAAAGACAUUUCAGUUAAGAAUGAAAAUUACUACAAUGAAGUACGUGAUUUUAAAAGUGGAGACAGAUUGGGAGCUUUGGGGCUGGAUGUAAGUAUUAUAUAUUUGGCCUCAGGGUGCCCAGAGCCAGACAAAAAGCUUUUCUUCACACACACAAAAGUCUGCAUGAGACACGCCGGGCAAGUCCUGCUGGGCCGCCGCGAUCUGGGUGAAAGGGCCUGGCUCUCUUCCUUGUCCUGGCCUCGCAGUAGCGCCUGUCUCUGCGCUGGGAUCUUGGCUUCAGCUGAAGCAGAAAUAGCAGCUGCUCGAUCGAUGCCAUCUUAGAACUCAGCAGUUAGUCGCAUACGUCAGUAUGUCUCAGUGGGGGAAUUUAACAAAAUGCCUCAACUGCUUUGGUACCAAGUAUUUUUUUUUUUUUUAACUGUGAAUUUUGAAGCUGAAGGGGAAGCUAGUGAGAGAGAAGCCUUUGCCAAGACUUUGGGCUUAUUUUUAGGUCCUCAUGCUCUGAUGUUCUCCUUCCGAAAUGACACGGAGUCAGGCUGGGUGCAGAGGUGAAGUGGAGACGGAAGGAUUUUCCAGGUGACUGGGGCCGAAACCACCAGAAAAUCCACUCUGCCACCGUUAGCUGGUGAAAGGAUUCCUGUAAAAAUGUUCGAGGUGGAAUUAUAAAAAUAGUAACCAUGAAUGUUAAUCUUAAAUGGCAGAAAUAGAAAUUUGACCUUCAGAUAACGUGGUGAUGGAUUAGCUCAUCUGGCUUGAGGCAAACUGAGGAGUGUGGACCUGGAAGUGCACUCUGGGCCAGUUGCUGGGCUCUGGGCCACUCCGUGUGCCAGACUAGCUGGGCAGAUAGAGACUCUGUGCCCCUGAUGGGGCUGGUUGGGGAGAGGUGGGCUGGGGUAUGUGAGGCUUCACAAUCCACAGCAGCCCCUGCCCUCCCAGCUGACCCAGGGAGUAACCGCGUACUCUGAGCCACAGGGGUGGGGGCAGGGCGUGGGCCUCUGGAGAAGAGAAGAUUUGAGGGAACUGUCGUAGAGGCAGGACGAGCGGAUGGAUGUGUUCCAGAACGGGCAGAACUAGGAAACUGAGAAAGAUUUUGGCUCAAUCCAGUCCAGCAACUGCUGCAGAUGUUGGAGAUGUUUAAGCAAACGCUGGCCGAGCACUUAGUGAGGGAUGUUGUUGAAAAUGGUCAUUGGAAGAAGUUUAAGGUCCCUUUUAGCCUGGAGAUUCUACAGAUCUACAUCCCACAUCUGGAGUUAGCUACCCGCAUUAAGCCUGAACAGACAUCUUGGUCUGAAAGGAAGUGGUUAGGAUUCAUGACGCCACGCUCUACACUGUGGAGCUGGGAAUUCCAGAAUUGCUUUGACUCGGAUAUUAAUGGAGAAAGUCCUAUCCAUUAAUGGAUAAAGCCGUAUCUGUUAUGGAUAAAGCCAUAUCCAGGAUUGCUUUGACUUAGACGUUGAUGGAUAAAGCCAUAUCCAGAAUUGCUUUGACUCAGAUAUUAAUGGAUAAAGCCAAUUAUCGAUUUCUAUUUGCCUAAACGCCAGCUUUUGUGCAAGUGCGGAAUGGAGAGCCAUGUAGAUGUUUGUCAUCUCACACAUGAUGGAGAGCUGCUCUCUGUGGGUCUGGAUGGAAUUUGUUGGCAAGACCAUUUUCUGUAUUGGCUAUUCUUCCCAACGGUGUCCACCACAAAAGGCUUCCAGCCAAAAGGUCUGAGCCUGGGUAGGUUUACCAAGGGAAGCCAUGAGUCAAGAAGCAUCAGAGUGAAAAGGGCCACUUCCUUCAUUUUACCCCCGGAGGCUAAUGCUCCAAGAGGAAUAUGUACUUGGGCAAAGUCAUGCAGGAAGGUCAUACCAGAGCUGUGGAGGCUGGAGUGUCCUGAUUCUUGGACCACAGAUGUCUCCCUGAGCCAUUAUUUGUUUAGUUUUAAAAAGCACAGUUAUUCCAUCAUUUUGAGUCUUUCUUUGUAGUUGGCUUAUAUUGGGGGGCAGGACUGUUUUCUCAGGUGUCUCAUUUGGCAGUCAACAUUGUCCCCUACGUUCCCUGUGACUAGUUGAAAAUUCAAGUGUGCCCACAGGGUGCACAAAAGCACACCCACACUUACCCACACACACCCACACACCCCCGCCUCCGACACCCACACCCCACUGAACGCAUGGGUCUGUCAGGACAUCUUAAAACUCCGUGAUUGACAUUUCAGUAAUUUCAGGGGAAGGCGUUUUCCAGGGAUGGGAUCUCCCAGGCUCAGAUAGUGCCUUGGCUGUAAAUGCUCCUUUAGCUAAACUUUUCCUUGGAAGAAUUCAUUGUUCUAGACAUUAUGUGAUAUAUCUGUUUGGAAUAAAAGGUGCUUCACCUUCCUCCCUGGGAUGUGGGAGAAGGUGCUGGAGGUUGUACUGUGAAGUCAUUAAGCUCUUAGAAGGCUCCAGCCUGAGAGGGUGCAGUAUUAUUGACAUUCCUUUCCUUCCUCAAGGCCUGGUGACCUGUGUCCUUUUGCUCUGGGCAGGGCCCAGGUAGAUGGGCCGUCAUCCGGGCCUGUAAGCCGUACUUGAUUUCUGCAUUGAUUUACAUAUUUUUUACUGUGAUCUUGGUUCCCAACACAGAAUUGUCAUCCCAUUAUCCUUGAAUGUGCCGGAUCCUUGGAAAUUCUCAUUUACCUGCUUGUUCUUAGUGUUGGGUGUAUGUGUGAAACUCUGUGUUCAAGGAAGAAAUCGUACAAAGAGUGAGAACAUGUUUGUGCCAUUGAAGAAACGUUUUUUUGAUUUCUAAUAAAUAUUUAUUUUGCCUUGUUA